GUCAAAAUGGCGACAUUGUUUUUCAUAACAUGAGUACUUCGCUAGUUUUUUGCUAGAUGAAAUACCUUUUCAUAUUUUAAAAAUCAUUAGGUUUCAAAAAUGAAAAAUAUAUUUGAAAUGCCAAUAGUUUAAAUUUUAGACGGAACCUUUACUUUAAACCGAAGAAAAUAAACAAUCAGUAAUGGCCACAGAAAGUAUGCAUCGCUUAAGUACUGCAGCAUCAUUUAAAGAAGAUGAAUUGGAGGAUCAUCAGAUUUCUGUUGAAUAUGAGUCAGGAGCAAAGUUUGAAGGAAGAGUCAUAAACCACAAACGUGUUGGAAAGGGAACUUUUGUGUGGCCUAAUGGGUCAAAGUAUGAAGGAGAUUAUGCUGAUAAUCAGAGGCAUGGCAUUGGCACCCAACAUUGGAGUGAUGGAAGUUAUUACACAGGAGAGUUUGAACAUGACUUGAGACAUGGCAGGGGCAAGAUUGUGUGGUCCAAUGGGGAGAGUUACGAAGGAAUAUUCUUUAAAGACAGACGGCAUGGUAAAGGCACAUACCAAUGGCCUAAUGGCUCAUCCUACUCAGGAACAUUUUAUAUGGACAAAAAAGAAGGCUAUGGGACUUUUGUAUUUGAGAAUGGAGAUGUAUUUCAGGGACUGUAUAAAGAAGAUGAGAGAGAAGGGCCUGGUGUAAUCACCUACCAAAACGGCCAAGAAGAUGUGGGAUUAUGGAGUGGGGAAAAACUUAUAAAACUCUGCUCACCUAUAAAAGGAGCAUUUACCUUGAACUCCUGCCCAGAGUUUGACUUUAAACCUGAGGAAAAUAUUUCUUACAUUGACAUGUCAGAAAAAGAUGAUACCGGUUCAACCAUUGAUCAUAUUUUGAACCCCAAGCUGGCCUUUGAUUAUAUGCCUAAGCCUAACCUGAGCAACAGAAUUCAGGAAAUUUUAAGCCCUGCUUUGGAUUCCCGAAGCCUUGCUGUCAACCGUAAAGCAUUUGAUGCUGAGUUUUUCAAAAACUUUUCACAGCAAUCAGAGACAGCUGAUAAGGUUGUAGCUUGGAACGCCACACCAUCAUUGAUCGCUUUACAAAAACACACCAUCCGGCACUGUGAUGGGGCAUCCAGUGUUCAGUUUGAUGUGGAGUCUGUUCUAAAAUUAGAUAGGUCAAAGUUCAAAGGCAAAGGGCCACUAGAGAGGCAAUCUGAGGAGCUGAUAACAGCCGCUGCCAAAGGAGAUGCAUCGAGAGUGGAACUGCUGCUGUCUUCUGGACAGGUGCAUCCUGAUGUAGCGGAUAGAGAUGGAUACACCCCACUAAUUGGAGCAACAGUAAACUGGCACAUAGAUGUGAUAAAUAUUCUUUUAAAUCAAGGUGCAGACGUCAACAAACUUAGUGACGAAGGGUGCUCUGCCCUUGCUGCUGGGGCCAUCUUCUAUUACCCCAUUGAAGGGUUUACAUACAACAUUGCUGAGAGAUUCAUGAAACCUCUUCAAGACAUCCUCAAGUCAACUCUAAAGCCAGAGACACAGCCUAAGGGUAUAUUAGUAAACACCAAAGAACGAAGAGUUAGCCGGCUUAACCAGAUUAACCGGAUCAGGUCACAGUCAGUUGUAUCGGCCCCAAUCAACCUCGCGUCUAAAUCUGUCUCGUUAAUGGAACAAACGUCUACUUUAGACGAGCCUGUCGAUAAUGAGGAAAUUUCAAAUCUCCUAAAUGAGAAUUCUCAACCUAGUCCUGAUGAAGAUGCUGAUUCCGCCUACGGUGGUGAAAAUGACAUCCAAGGAGAUGAUAGUGAAAAAGAAAGGAAUGAAGAGGGAGAAGAUUUUGAGUCAAACCACAGUAUCAGGAAUUACCAUAUAGAAGUCUCGGAGCAAUUGGUGGAAAGGUGUGCCACACACCUGAGUCAGAACGAGCGAAUUAUUAGCAGAGAGGCUUCUGAAGUUGGUGAAGGGAAAGCCAGAUUUUUAGCCAUCCAGUUAUCCCAGAAUGAAAGAAUGAAAGAAACUUUGGAUCUUCUUCUAAGAAGAGGUGCUGACCCUAAUGCAUCCUUUGUACCAAUGCCUGUUUUAUUUUUUGCCAUAAAGUCUUCUGAUGUUGACAUGGUUAAACAGCUUCUUCUCAAGGGAGCUAACCCAAAUACAAAACUAGGAAAAGAGAGAGGCGGCCUGUAUCCCCUACACAUAUCCUGUGCCAUAACUGGGGAGGAGGGAAUACAAAUCACAGAGCUACUUCUAAAUGCACUGGCUGACCCAGAUGCCAGGGCUGAGGAAGAUGACUCUUUUUUAAAUAGAAAUCUGGAAGAAGAGUGGUUAAAAGAUCCCAUAUCAGAGGAAUCAAAACAACUUCUAGGAGGAAGGACAGCUUUGCAGAUUGCGUGUGCCAGGGAUGAUAAUUAUAAAAAUGCAAGUCGAGUUGUCAGGCUGCUUCUAGAACACAAAGCCAACUCCAGCUUGAUCUGCAAUGGCUUCUCUGCCCUUGCCCUUGCUAUUGCCAGUGGUAAUGAUCUGGCCAUUGAUGAAUUAUUGGCCUUUGGUGCUGACCCCAGCCUCCCAUUGACCCACGGGGUAGGCAGUGCUUUGUGUGUAGCUACAAGCACUGAAUACGAGCAUCAGAGAAGCAUCCAGGCCAGGGUACAGCUGGUUGAUAAACUAAUCAAGGCAGGGGCGGAUGUGCUGGCUCCAAUUCUAAUAGGACCAAAGCGUCAAGUGGGCACAGCCGUUGACUAUGCUUAUUACAUGUUUAAUCAGGAUCGUAGAAUUGCACAUAUGCCUUACCAUGCACUAACUCAUGCUGAACGUGAAACGUAUAAUGCACGUCGUAAAUUGCUUGGUCACAUUGGUGAUAUCAUGCGCAUCAAAGCAGUUGAGAGAGAGAAAAAAAGAAAUGUUAUUAUAGAAAAGGAGGGAAUCAGAUGCCAGAGUGCUAGCACCAACUUUGUUUACAUUGGUGCUGGCGCUAAGCUGCCACCUGGUGUCAGGUCAAGGUAUGCAUCAGCUCACCAAGACCAAAAUCAGGUUGUAUUUGACCCCACACUAGGGCAGGGUGAAGGACAGAGUAGAGCAUCAACACCAACAAAGUCAGGUGUCAUUGUUAUAGAGGGCGUGGAUGCUAAACAGAUUAAGAGUUUGACCCGUAGCCGGUCAAAAACCCCAGUGAGAAAACCAUUGUUCAAAUAUUGUUACGAGUGUGGACGUUCAGUGGGAGUACGCCUGGUUCCAUGUACAAGGUGUAAGGAGGUCUACUACUGCAGCAAGGCUUGUAAGAUGAAAGCAUGGAAUUCCAGACAUAAAGAAGAAUGCAUAAGAAUUGGAGGCCACUCCAGAAGUCCUAGCCCCAAACACAGAGGUGACAGCCCAACUGCUGCCACUGUAGCUGAGAGAAACAAGAAAACUGCCGGGUCUCAGAAGAUUCUUGCUUCAGGAAGAAGUGUGAAAACUAGAGCCAGAUCUUCCUCAAGUCAUAAAUCUUCUGAAAACGAAAGCGUUCGGUAUAACAAAUCUGAUUCUUAUAUUGAAAAUGAUCAAAGUGAAAUUGACGAGGAAAGGGAGAGAAGCUGGCAUAGCAGAAGUAACUCAGAAAUGUUGUCUAAAAAUGGAUCAGCAAACUCUGGAAGCAGAUUUGGGUCAGGGAGUUUAAACAACAAAAGUUCUUCAAAUAGAAAUAAAAGAAAUAAAAAACAAGGAGCUCAAUUAAAUUCUAAUAAUAAAAAGCAAUUAGUCAAAGGGAGAGUUACAGGAUCUCUGAUAAAGGAUGGCAAAUUAGAUUCUACUGUGUACAGGAGAAGUAAUAAAAUCAUAUUGCCUCCCCUCAACGCAUCAAAAAAUAAUGUGCCAGUCAAAGGGCUAAGCAAGAGUGCUCAAGGGGAGAGAAAACAAGCUAAACAUAAAUUCAGAACUGGAAGUCCACCACACUAUGACUAUGUCUUCAUUGAUAAUUAUAGUCACAACUAGAAAAAAAGAAAUUGUCCCAUAAAAUAUAGAGAAAAUUACUUUUGUAGAUUAAAUGGGCCUAGUUAGUGUCUGUAUUACAAAAUAUUGUCAUCAUUUUUAAUGUACAUGUUUCAACAAAACAAUGCAUAUAUCUCAAUGGAGAUAAUCUAAACAAAUGCAGAGGUAAAAAUGCAACAAUAAUUCUAUUUAUAUACACACUUUUCUGAAAUUAUAUAAGAAUUGUUAAUUUAAAAUAUGUAGCUGUACUGUAUACCUUUCUGGACCUUUCAUAUUAUCUGGAUAAACUUAAACAAGAUGAAAUAAGUAUGCCUCUCUCUUUCUAAGUUUUUUUUUCUUGCCGUUCUGUUUCUAGUGCCAUUAUUAAAUUAUUAAGUGAAAUCUUUCUGCUCAAUUACUGUGAAUAUGUAUUGUAUUUAAUGCACCAAUCAUUUUAUUUCCUGCACAGUAUAAUUUAUUUAUAUAACUGCAAUAAAACACUGCAUUUUGUCUCAUUCAGUAUACAUGGAAGAUGAGAUAAAACAAAGCUUAUUUAUCAUUAGUUCUUUUAAAGAGUUUCAAUAACUAAUUUCAAAACAAAAGUAAGAUUUUUUUAUGUUGAAUAGAAUCUGUUUGUGAGCAAGUUGCAAUGUAAUUUUAAUCGUAAGUUGCAAACAUUUUUUAAUAACUCAUCUAAACAGAUUUUUUAAAAUUUUGAUGUAUCUACAGAAAUCUUAAUUAUAUUUUUAAAAAUUUU